AUGCUGUUCGAAUGCCCCGCGUGUAAAAAUGAAUAUAUCGAUAUUCUCGAUCAUAUUCGUAAAAAACACCCUACUGAUUCCUUUACAGAGCUUCAAUUACAGCCUAUAGGCCUUGUUCCCUGCCCUACCUGUGCUACAGCGUGUAAAGGAGCCCACGGGAUUAAGACUCAUAGCGCUAAAAUCCACGGAAUCACCGGUAGCUCUAGGGUAUCAACGCAGCACCGAAUCCAUACUACCCCCUCUGCCUCAGCACCCUUAGACGCUGAAAUCGACGAUUCUAUAGGCACCCCCUACCCUGUAAUCGAUUUCCCUCAGCUACUAGCACCCUUUCGAGCCGCUACCCCUAAGGCCAGAGCCUCUCUAGGCCUUUCAGGCUCUGAAUACCCUACAGCUCCAGGGGCUACAGGCCUGUAUAAGUCGCCUCCAGCACCUACAAGCCGAAAUCUCAGUACCCCUCCACCCCUACCAAGCCCCCCAUUCGAUAUCUACCCAGGCUUUACAGGCUCUCCGUCCCCUGUAACUUCAGCACCAAAUAGCCCUAAAUCGCCUACCUACGCCCAAGUUACCGCCACCCCUCUAGGCUCUAAGCCUUCAGCACCUACAGGCUCCAAGCACCCUACGGCUUCAGGCUCUAAGACCCCUGUACCUUCAGUACCUACAGGCUCUAAGCACCCUACGGCUCCAGGCUCCAAGUACCCCGCACCUUCAGCACCUGCAGGCUCCAAGACCCCUGCACCUUCAGCACCUACAGGCUCUAAGCACCCUACGGCUCCAGGCUCCAAGUACCCCGCACCUUCAGCACCUGCAGGCUCCAAGCACCCUACGGCUCCAGGCUCCAAGUACCCCGCACCUUCAACACCUACAGGCUCUAAGCACCCUACGCCUUCAGGCUCCAAGUACCCCGCACCUUCAGCACCUACAGGCUCUAAGACCCCUGUACCGUCAGUACCUACAGGCUCCAAGUACCCUACGGCUCUAGGCCCCGACCUCCCUACAGGCACCCGAAGGAUUCAGACCCCACGGGGUAUUUGGUACUCGAUUCCAGGGGAAGUAGACGCUAUACUCCCAGCGUACGACGGCCCUACAGGCCCUGAACCAGACUCCCUCCCAGGCUCUCGACCCCCCACGCCUACAGGCUCUACGUCACCUACAUACGCCCAAAUCGUCGCUACAGGCUAUAUACCCCCGAAGCCGUCCACUAAACGCCCUGCAAGAACACCCUCCCCAGGGGCUCAACGCCCUACGACACGCCAAAAGAUAGGCCCUACGCAGCCUAUAGAGCCUAUAAUCAAAGACAGCUCGUCCGACGAAGAUCUUUAUAGUGCCUCUACAGCGCUAUCGUCCCCUACCCCUAGCUUUGAAGACGCUAUCUCAACGCCUAUACCAACUACACCUACCGAUAAGACGCCUACCACACCUAGCCUACCCUCUGAUAGCCCCUACUUCCCUCGACUAUCACGACUCUUCUCCCCCAACAACCCCUACAACACACCUACCCUCCAAAACUACCACAACUCACCUACCCUCUAA